UUUUAAUUCUGGUUUGUGGCCAAACACUCCGAACUGUAGCCAAACAUAUGAAACCAACCUCGCGCCUCAAUAAUUAAUCAGAAUGAAUUAUUGAAAUAUGCACAUCAGUCAGCAGCAGCGGCUCCUCGGAAGAAAAGAAAAGAAAAGCAAUGAUCAGGUGCUCCCGUGUUCGACCAAUAGGAAGAAGAAGAUCCCACAGUCCCUGCACAGUUUCAGCCAAUCAGAGUGGCACUUCCUCCAUUUCCUGUUGUGGUGUUCGGAGUUGCACGGAGCAUUCCUCCGGUUCACCGUGGGAAUUAAAACACUCCGGCCGACUUUACUCUCCCGCCGCAAAGCGUCUGCGCUUGACGGAGCCUUUUCCGUGAGGUCCAUCAUGCCCAUCACGCUGCUGUGGGCCGUGGACGUGUACGGCAGAGUCUACAGCCUCUCCACCGCCGGCCAGCGCUGGGAGCGUGCAGACGACAUGCUGCUGGAGCUGAAGCGGGUUACCGCGGGGAAGGGUCGCUGCUGGGGCAUUGGCUGUGACCACCACGUUUACCUCAACAUGAUGCCCAGCGAGACGCCCAUCCGCUAUCGGGAAGAGACCUAUGAAAACCAGAGGUGGAACCCAGUGGACGGCUUCACUGACACGUUGCUGCCCACGGACCGCUGGCCGUGGAGCGACGUGAUGGGAAUGAAUCCUCAACAGCUCCACAGCUUCCAGUUGCCCUCACUCAGCUGGGAGUGGGAGGGAGACUGGUAUGUGGAUCAGAGCUGCGGGGGAGAACCCAGUCAGACUGGGGGCUGGGAGUACGCAGUUGACUUCCCGGCCAACUUCUCCCCAGACAAGAAGUGGAAUUCCUGUGUUCGUCGUAGGCGUUGGAUCCGCUACAGGAGAUACAUCGCACAAGGCACUUGGGAGAAGAUCCCCUUGGACAAUCCUAGGAAACCUCCGCUGCCGCUCUCUGACAUUAGCUGCGGAGGCUGGGAGAUGAGCGACCAGUCUGGAAGGUAUCCCUACCUCUGGGGUGUGUCCCAGCAAGGACAGGUGUGGUUCAGGGAGGGCAUCCACCCUCGGGUCCCAGAGGGCUCCAGCUGGGAGGAGGUGGAAGUGCCCAAGGAGGUGGCUCAGUUAUCAGCUGGGCCUGGAGACCUGCUGUGGGCUUUACUCUGGGACGGGAACCUGUUGGUCCGUAUGGGCCUCAGCCUGGACAGUCCAACUGGCACGUCAUGGGUUGAGGUGGAAUCACCAGCAAAGGAGGUUGAAGCGCUUCAUGUGGCUGUUGGAGUCAGCGUGGUCUGGGUCGUCACCAAAGACUAUAAGGUGUGGUUCCGGCGUGGUGUGAACUCUCACAACCCCUGUGGCUCAGGCUGGAUCAGCAUCGGAGGGGAGAUGAUGAUGAUGGUGGAUGUAGGACUCAAUGACCAGGUGUGGGCGGUCGGUGAGGACCGUGGUCUAUAUUUCCGAAUGGGUGUAACCUCGUCUGAACCAAGUGGGAGCGGCUGGAUUCCUGUUUCUGCCCAGUGGGGCAAAAGUAAAGAGGUUGUUCAACCCAGAGACAACUGUGAGUUUAGUGGUCAGCUGACUGAGGCCUCUCGUGGCUCAGUCCUGAGCUGCACCGACUCGGACUCGGAGUUAUAUCCUCCUGACCCGCAAAACAGCACAAAUGACACUCCGGUCCCUGAGGCAGCGGCCCCCUCUGUAGUCCCUUUAGGGGGGGCUGACUCCCUCACACCUCCCCCAGAGGCAGAGGACGCUCCUGUUGCCUCCCAACAGGACGCCCCGAAACCCUUCAUCCCCGCCAGCGACAGCUUCAUCAACAGCCUGGUGUCGGACCGUGGCAAAACUUCCGCGUCACAACCGACCAUUGCAGAGAUGUCUCAGGAGGAGGUUGAGGAGACGCCCCCGGCCCAGAUACUCCCGACCUCUGGGGCUGCAGGACACGAUGUCCCCUGGAUGAAUGUGGAUUUGGAGGGGGCAGGAGCAGCUCGGAGCGCACUGGCGACAGGGCCUUCAUUGGCUGACGGCAGCGCCGCCGCCACCUACGCCCUGGGGACGCUGGAGACCUUUCAGGCUGUCGGAGAAGAGGACGGACCAGUGUGGACCUGGAUCUCCGGCGGGGGCUGCGAUGUGGACGCAAGUUCACAGAUCAGCUGGCUUAGUCCCACAGUUCAGUCAGCAGCCUGGAGCGGGCAGCAGCAGCAGCAGCAGGAACACAGAGAGGAGAUCAGCAAGAAACCAGUCGAGAGAAGCAACUCGGUGUGGGUGCGCAAAGGUGUGCUGCGCUGGUGGAGAGACUGGAAGCCUCAGCGCUGGGUGGAUGUGGGCGUGGCUCUGGAGCAGUCCACAAAGUGUGACGGGAGGAAGGACAGCAUUCUGUUUGUCUAUUACACGCAGUAUGAUGAGAAAAAGUUCCUUCACGUGAUCAUAGGCGAAGUGACAGCACUGGUUCCGCAGCUCAGGGACUGCCAUCAUGCCUUUGCUGUGUACACAGCCCAAAGGACCAAAGAGAGGUGGCCUCUGGUUCUGGCUGCACAAACUGAAAAGGACAUGAACGACUGGCUGUGCCUGUUGUCGGACUGUUGCUGUGAGUGUCGAGGGAUAGCGGGACCCCCGUCCAGACAGGCCCUGUGGUCCACCACCUCAAAGGGAGACAUCAUGGUCCACGAGGCGUCCUUCUCACUGGAGGCUGCUGCAAACACGCUGGCCUGUGACCUCAUGUUCUGGCGGCAGGUCCCGGGACAUAUGCGCUGUGUAGAGUCUAACAGUCUGGGGCUGGUGUGGGGCAUCGGGUGGGACGGCACCGCCUGGGUCUACAGUGGGCCCACCCCUGGAGACGCUGUUCAGACUCACCAGCAGACUGACGUCAGGAGUGUACAUGUGUAUGAGAAUCAGCGAUGGAACCCCAUGACGGGAUAUACAGACAAAGGACUACCAACAGACCGCCCUAUGUGGAGCGAUGAGAGCGGGCUGAAAGAGUGCACCAAAGGCAACACACACCCGCCCUCCCCCCAGUGGUCCUGGGUGUCAGAGUGGGCUGUGGACUACAACAUCCCUGGAGGAACAGACAAAGAAGGCUGGCAGUUCGCUGCAGACUUCCCUGUCACAUUUCAUGGUCACAAAACCAUGAAAGACUUUGUCCGGCGCAGAAGAUGGACAAGGAAGUGUAAGAUCACAUCGAGAGGUCCAUGGCAGCAAGUCCCGCCCAUCCCACUUAGUGACAUCUCUCUGAUGCCAUGUCUGGCCCAGAGCAGGAUGGAGCAUGUCCCCGUCUGGGCCCUCAGUGUAAAGGGAGAUGUCCUGUGUCGGCUGGGUGUCAGCCCCCAAAACCCAGCGGGCAGCUCCUGGCUACACGUAGGCACGGACCAGCCGUUCAAGUCCAUCUCCAUCGGUGGAGCCAACCAGGUGUGGGCCAUCGCCAAGGACGGAGCCGUUUUCUACAGAGGGUCAGUGUCCCCACAAAACCCUGCAGGGGAAUGCUGGUACCACAUCCCUUCCCCUCCCAGGCAGACCCUCAGACAGCUGUCUGUGGGCCGCACCUCCGUCUUCGCUGUGGAUGAAAACAGUAAUCUGUGGUACAGACAGGGCCUCGCCCCCAGCUACCCUCAGGGCUCCGCGUGGGAGCUCAUCUCCAACAACGUCACCAAGGUGUCUGUUGGACCACUGGACCAGGUGUGGAUCGUAGCAGACGGGGUUCCAGGCUUCCCUGCUGAGACUGUGGGAGCUGUCUGCCACAGGCUCGGGGUGGGACCUGUGCAGCCCAAGGGCCAGUCUUGGGACUAUGGUAUCGGGGGAGGAUGGGAGCACAUCAGUGUGAGGGGGAACGCAGCAGAGGCUCCUAGAGCCCCCCAUCCUCCACCUGCCGGGCCUCCGCGCAGCCCGCUCCCCCCGCGACCUCCAACGCACGUGAACGGGGACGCCGUGGGCGUGUAGGACCCGCUCACAUCCUCCUGUCGUGCCCUUGCUCUCUUUGUGCCUGUCUCCUCAGACCAUUCCCACAGGCUCUUCUCCCUUCAUGUCAAGGGAAUGCACAACCGCCCCACUGAGUUUAUGUUGUAUGUUUUGGUUGGAUUGGACUCAUGAUCGAUGGAUGAAUGUCACUCCCUGAAUCAUGUCAGUAUGCAGCGAUGACAAAACAGAAAAGAAGGGAAGCACAAGUGUUCAAGGAGGAUGGAUCUAAUGGAAUCAAAAUGUAAAAGUGAGUGCAUGAAUUUGCUCUUACUGGGGUUCGGCUACUGGCCGUUUAUGGGAUCUAUCAAUAGCUUUUCUUCUGAUAUAUAAUAUCCCGUGAAAACCUAAGAGGGCGGGACUCCCACAAAGGGCUAAAGGCUUGGGUACCGAACCAACUAAAAUCUUCAAACAAACAUUCCCAGUGUAGCUCAAACUGUCUUGGUUUCUAGAAUGUAGUUGUUUUUGAUUGUGUUUGAUUACAAUUGCAUGUGAUUUUAUUCAUUUAUUUAUUUAUUUAUGCAUUUGUUGGUAUUUUUCAGUCUCCAUAUAUCUUGGCCUGCUAUAUGUUUGCAAUGCAGUGUUCUUCACCCUCAUCGCUAUGGCAGGCCUUCCUAAUACAGUGGUCUUUUUUAUUUAUUUUUUCCCCAAAAAGAAACUUUAAGAUAUUAAUACCGUAUGAAAAUAUAUUGCUCUUUAAUUACGAGUGACUGCAAUGAAAGACAUGAAACAUUCCGUCCCCCUGCAAUAAGGAAAAGUUCUUCCAUUGAGUAUUAAACCCAACCACAGGAAUGCUGACUACCGUGACUGUUGAAACUGCACAGCAGGUCUGAAUGUCACCAUCACUGGACCUGUGAAAUAGGAAAUAUUGGUACACGUUUUGAGACAGUACAUUUGUAGAACUACUAAACUGCAGGAUGUGGGCUAACAUUCACAUUCCGUUCCUCCCGUGAGGACGAGUGACUUUGAAGUCUUUUGUUUUCCGAGAGAGAAAUGACUAAUCUAUGAGUUACUGCAUUUGUUUCGAGUCAAGCCCAAACUGACAUUUGUACUGACACCAGUGCCCAACCCAAACUGGAUAAAUUUCCCCUUUCACACGUUUUCAAGACUUAUAAAAGUAUUCUACUUUGAAUAAUAACCUGUCUGAUAUGGUUUUUCCACAUAAAACUUUAAAGUGAGUGCA